AUGGCUCCGGCCGGCCGGCUCUCCCUCCGGGGCGUACUUCCCACGGUGCCGUCGGCCCUCGAGGCAAGCGGCCUCUUUGCUCGCGACGAUGAAGCCAAGCCCAGCAAGGUCAAGCCGCACGGGGUGCUGGACCCGCACGACAUCAACAACGCCGGCUUCUUUGUCCUCUUUGCCCUCAUCGGCGUGGCCUUUGUCAUCACGGGCAUCUGGUUCUUCUUCUGGGCCAAGAACGGCGGCUUCUACUUUAAAGACAACGACUGGGACGACUACAAGUCGACGGUCCUGCGCCGCAAGGGCCCCAACGGCACCAUCCUCUCGGGCGCCACCCCGACCACCGACCUCGGCGGCGGCAGCGUCUACAAGGACGUGGGCGAGGACGACGGCACCACCGUCGUGACGGAGAGCACGGCCCUCAGCGGCGUCACGGCGGGCGCGAGCGACGUGGUGGCCCGGGAGAAGCGCAAGCACAAGCAAGCGCGGCGGGAGCGAGAGCGCGAGCGGGAACGACGCAAGCGGCGGGGCGACAAGAAGCAGCGCGAAGGACGGCAUGUCGGCGAGGACGGGGGCGUCAUGGACGAGAAGGCGGAGAAGGAGGCGCAAAAGCAGCUGCGCAGCUACCGCCACGAGAAGCCGGCGCGCGUGGGCGGCCUGAACAAGCAAUCGGAAGGAUCCAACUGGGACGGAUCGACCAACGCGACCGAGUCCACAGCCGCGUCGUCGGACCUCCUCUCGAACCGACAGAGCACGCCGACGCGCAGCACCCAGCAGCCGCAGCCUGCCAUCCGCAAGGUGUACUCGACAACGACGGUGCCGUCGGAGCGGGAGACGGAGCGGAUCCGCAGCGAGGCGCGGCGGCUACGCGAGGAGAGCCGGACGGCGCGGCGCGACUUCAGCUACCAGCGGCCCGGCGGGGCGGAGAGCGCGCUGAGCGAGAGCCUGCUCGAGGGAAGCGGCGGCGGCAGCGAGCUGGGGACCAAGAGCUAUCACCACCCGAUGCCGGAGCUGAGGGAGCACGAGGGCGGCAGCGGCGGCGGCGGCAAGGAUGCGGGGCGAGACAAGGAGAGGGAGAGGGAGAGGCGGAGGGAGAGGGAGGAGAGGGGGGCGAGGGGGGGGUAUAGGCGGGGGGGGGGGGAUGAGGAGGUUUGA